GCGCGCGCGGCCCCGCCCCCUCCGCGCUCGCGCUCCACAUGGAUUCAGCCUGCGAUUUGACAGCAGGUGUUAAUAUCUCUGAGCCCCCAGACGUCGCUGGGCUUUUGGCAGGAGAGUCAGAGCAGAGCUGCUGCGGCGCCGAGUCUCUCGAAUUCCCUGUUGAAGCUGCUGCAGACAUGGGUCGCCAGGAGGCCGACUACGUGUGGAAGAAGAGCACUGAAAACAUUCAAGAAGUUUUUGAGUUCGUGGAGGAGUUGGGAUCCGGUGCCUUCUCAGAGGUUUACAUGGUGAAGGAGAAGACGACAGGAAAGAUGUUUGCCAUGAAGUGUGUGAAAAAGAAACAGAAGAGGGACAUCAAUCUGGAGAAUGAAAUUGCUGUGUUGAGAAGGAUCAAACACGAGAAUGUUAUUGGAAUGGAGGAUUUCUAUGAAAGUCGAACCCAUUACUAUCUUAUCAUGGAGCUUGUUUCAGGCGGUGAGCUCUUUGACCGUAUUCUGGACCGGGGGAUGUACUCGGAGCAGGAUGCCAGCAGAGUCAUUCAGCAGGUGUUGCACGCUGUCGCGUACCUGCACCAGAACGGCAUUGUGCACCGUGACCUCAAGCCAGAGAACAUUCUGUACUACAGCCAGGAUGAGAACUCCAAAAUCAUGAUCAGUGACUUUGGACUGUCCAAGAUGGUCGAUAACGGCAUCAUGUCGACAGCCUGCGGCACACCGGGAUAUGUAGCACCUGAAGUUUUGGCACAGAAACCUUACAGCAACGCAGUGGACUGCUGGUCUAUUGGCGUUAUCACCUACAUCCUCCUCUGUGGAUAUCCUCCUUUUUAUGAGGAGACUGAAUCACAACUCUUCUCCAAGAUCAUGAAGGCUCAGUACGAGUUUGACUCGCCCUUCUGGGACAACAUAUCUGAAUCUGCGAAGGAUUUCAUACGCAACAUGAUGCAGAAGAGCCCCAGCAUGCGCUACAACACUGACCAAGCACUCCGACAUCCCUGGAUUAUUGGAAAGACGGCUCGGAGUCAGGACAUCUAUUAUUCUGUCAGUGUUCAGAUUCAGAAGAACUUUGUCAAGUCCAAGUGGAAGCAAGCCUACAAUGCUGCUAUAGCCAUCAACCACAUGAAGAAACUGCAGCAGGCUCACUCAGAACUGAUCCUGAGACAGGCCACGGAUCCAGACGUCAAGGCCAUCGAUGUGCCGUCCUCCGGACAACGCCACAAACAUGCCAAUCCGGACAAGAAAAACCCCAGAGUGGCGGCAGUCAAGGGGAACGUUAAUGGCACAAAUUACAUAUCUGUGGCCACGAGUCACGUGGAAGCGACGGGUCAACACAACACGCUGAAGGCCAGCUACAGCCACUGCAGUGCGCCACACACGCCUGCUAUAGCUGAGCAGGGCAAGCACGUGUACCACUCAGAGCCCGCCAACCUCAUCAGUUAUGCUAAAAACCAGAACGGUAAGACCGUCCACACCGGCGUGUGUUCAGUCAUGUGAAGGCUGCAGGGACUUCAUGCUGGAAAAAUACAUUUACCGUGGUCAGUCUUGGUCUGCAGAUGCAGCUUCGAGCUGCACUGUGCUGAGGAUGAUAUGUGGUUUGGACCACCAGACCACUGUGACCUGUGAGGGUUCCGUGGGAUUGUUCAUUUUGGAACGUGUGCCUCUGCAGUUUUUCGACAGCCA